AUGCGUUCUCCCGCCUCCCAUUCGCUCCGAAUGCUAGCAUCGUCUCGUAGCCCUUUUCCGCAGUCUAAUAUGAUCUCCCUCACAAGAGCGAUCCACAGCCAGCGAUUCCAGCCCUUUGUUCCGCCUUCCCCAAGCUCACUCUCCAAACCCGCCCCUCCCAGAACAUAUCCCCGCACCAGAAAAUGGCUUCGCCGCCUCUUUUACAUAACUCUGGGUGGUGGCAUUGUUUAUGGGAUUGAUAGACAAUUCUAUGCUUCCUGCUUGACACGCACAGCUCGCACUUUUGGCUUGGGUGUGCUAGUCGCGAUUGACUAUAAAGUAAAUUUUAGCCCCGAGCCUCUAUUUGCUGAGUCGAUUGCGGCGGUACAUGCGAGAAAUGCGGAGCGUCUGUCUAUCUUACUCCGCUCAAACGGUGGCUUGUAUCUGAAAAUUGGCCAGGCUAUUGCCAUGCAAUCUGCCAUUCUGCCACCUGAGUUUCAAAAAAUGUUUUCGAGCAUGUUCGAUGAUGCUCCGCAAAAUGACUGGAAGGAUGUCGCUCGUGUCAUAAAGGAGGACUUUGGUCGCCCCGUGGAGGAGGUGUUUGGAGUUUCUUUUGAUGGGAACCCUGGAAGUGGUGUGAUGGAACGGGUAGCAAGAGCCAGCGCCAGUGUUGCCCAGGUUCACUGGGCAAGGUUGCCGGAUGGCAGAGAGGUCGCCAUUAAGAUCCAGAAGAAAGAGAUUUCGCAGCAGGUGAAGUGGGAUUUAUGGGCUUUUAAGGUCGUAACGUACAUAUAUAGCCGAGUUUUCGAUAUUCCAUUUUACAGUCUCAUUCCUUUUGUUAGCGAACGCCUAUACCUGGAAACUGAUUUUGAGAAUGAAGCAAACAAUUCCGAAAGAAUGGCGAAGCUAAUUGCGUCUGAACCUCGACUCCGUGAUAGGGUGUAUAUACCAAAGGUCUACCGCGAACUAAGCUCUCGAAGGGUGAUGACAGCCGAAUGGAUCGAAGGUGUCAAGCUGUGGGAUAAGGAAGGGAUCACUCGACCAUGGCGAGGCGAGUGGCGGCAAGGGAGUCCAGGAUGUCAUGGGACACCUCUCAAUCCUCCCAACCAGGGAACACGAAGAGUACCUAAUGCCAUUGCAUCUAGGACUAGGUAUGAGAAUCUGAAGCCAAACCGCGACUACUGGAAGGGCAAAAAUGGUCGCGGGGGCUUGGGACUGUCCCUGAAAGAAGUGAUGGAGACGAUGGUGGACCUCUUUUCUGCUCAAAUGUUUCUUUGGGGCUGGCUACAUUGCGACCCGCAUCCCGGUAAUGUUCUCGUGCGACGUCGACCCUCCGGCAAAGCUGAACUCGUGCUUAUUGAUCACGGCCUUUACAUUCAUAUGGAGCCCAAAUUUCGCCAAGAAUAUGCUCGCUUCUGGAAGGCCCUUCUCACGUUCGACAAUGCAACCCUACACACUAUAGUGCGUGGUUGGGGGGUGGAGAACACAGAUAUUUUUGCUUCAGCCACGCUGCUACAGCCCUACCGCGGCGGCGAUCUUUCUACAUCCCGUGGUCUGGAAGGACUGAGCAAGAAAGAAAGAGCUCAGAGGCACUAUGAAAUGCAACAAGCUAUGCGCAAAGCGGCUCGUGACGUCCUUGGUGACGAGACAAAGUGGCCCCGGGAGCUUAUUUUUAUCGGCCGUAACUUCCGCAUUGUCCAAGCCAACAACCAGUUUUUGGGUUCGCCUGUCAACCGCAUCAAAAUAACUGGCAUCUGGGCAUCCCGCGCACUAGUGGAGUCUCCUGAACUGGCACUCGCUGACAAGAUUCGGAACUACGGCCGACACGUCAUCUUCAGGCUUGUUCUGCUGAGCUCCGACAUUUGGUUUUAUGUGAGCAAAAUAAGGCAACUUCUGGGCUGGGGGCGAGGGAUGGAAGAUGAUUUGGAGACUCAAAUGCAAAAUAUGGCCAAGGAGAUGGGGGUUGAAUUGAAUCAAAACAUUUUCGAAGGGUAG